ACGGAAUUUCUAGCUGUAACCUGGUCCAAAUUCCACAGUCAGACUUCCAGACAAGAAAAGGUGCUAAACUGUGCAUUUCCUCAUUAUUGGAUACCCUAAAGGGCACAUCUUUUGUACCUUCAGUAUAUAUAAUUUACCUGGGAAGGUGCUAUAGUGGACUGUUGAAGUGUAUCAUACCAUUUAUUUUAAAAAAUACUGAAAGGUGCAACUGUGAUCCCUAAACUCAAGUGAACCUUAAAUCAUUUAUAGGUGCACUAUCCAGUAUUCUAUAUAUUUAUACACAUUAUAUAUUAUACUACAUGAAAGAUACAAUUUACAGCAUUUUACAGAAGGAAUAUUUAAUAAUACAUUUUCACUUAUUUUAACUAUUUUCUACGCAGAAUAAAUAUCAGUCUACGGUUUAGGAAAGCUCCUUUAAUUUCCCAGUGGUCUUUUAUUGCCAUCUGCUGUUACACAUAUGAACGACAAGGCGCAUCAUAUUUCCUGAAAAACCUUUUUUUUUCUUUGUAACUACAGCCAGAUCAUGAAAAAGAUAACUACAUUACCUAACAUUUUUGCACAUUACUUAUAAAUUAUGAUAAACCAGUAAUUCUUCAAAUACCUACAAAUCAAGGCUGGUCCUAAGCGAGCUUCUCUUUAGCGCGCGCGCUCGGGAAGUCUAGUGACGUCCUUGGCUAGUUAUUUGAAUAAAGUUCUGACCUGUGGGCACGAGCCCAAAUUAGACAGCCUGAAUCCGGAAGUCAAAUAACCGUAAAAUAAAGCUUUAGGUUUCAACGGAAACCCGCUGGCCGACAUAUGGAUACGAGUUAAGCAUUGUCAGGUUGGUCGCAAGUUGCUUGCUGGAUUACAGACUGUAGCUGUUGUUUGGAAGUCUUUGACCUGUGAUGAGGUGGAAUUUUGUGACUGCAGGAAUGGAUGCAGAUCAUGUGAGUGAUAAAAGAGUGAGGCUACUGGCGUCUAAAACCAGAUGGAGUGAGAUGGAUGACGUAACCGCUACUCAGCCACUCAUCAGUGCGGAUGCAGAAAAGUGUAAUCAAGACAGCAUUAAUCAGUGGCAUAUUCAUAUCACUGAUGAAGACGCUCAACAAGAGAAUAUCCAGGAUUAUGCAGCACAGCAUCUGAGGAAGACUGGCAUGUCUGAAGAUGACUUGGCACUUCUUUUAAAAGCAUCUUUAUAUGGUAAAACGACAGUGAACACCGUGCAAGGAUUUCUUAGGACAUAUCCAGAAAGACCUCCUCUGACCUCUGCCUGGAACAGCUUGGCAUCAGGAAUUUCAAGUCAGUCUGGACCACCAAGUGCCAUGGAUGUGCUGACCCUCUGGCAGGAUGAUCCAGAGGAGUUGCUACUGGAUCUGGGUUUCGGUGCUGAGGAGCCUGACAUCACAGUGAAGAUCCCAGCCCGUUUUAUAAACCAUCAGUCCCAGGCCCGCGGCAUCAACGUCCAGGUCUUCUUAGAGGCUCAGCAGAAUCGCAUAGAUAUAGAGAAUCCAGAUGUCAGAAAUCGGUUUAGGCAGAUAGAGGUGCUACAGCAGGUCACUACAGCCUUCAAUUCCUUGGUCGGAAGUGUCAGUCCAGGUGCACAGGGACCUGUGGAAUCUCAACUCUCAGAAGAAGCCAGGUUGAGGAGGAAACGGGUUGGCAUGCUCUUCCGGAAUGCCUCCAAGAAGUCGCUUAGCCAACUGGGCCAUUCCCGAGACAAGCAGCCACUCUGCCCUUCAUUGGCAGGCCAAUCCUCCAGCCCAGAAUUGCCUGGAGAUCUUCCUCUUGACAAACGAAUUCCGCUGAAACGUGCCAGCCUUAGCCCUCUGGUAGAGGAGCAGACCUUUGUCUCAGAAGAAGCUGAAUGCACUGAGACCACAACCCUCCCUCAGGUUAAGAGCAGCAGUCCAAGGGGAAGUAGAGAAAUGAAGAAUGUUACAUCAGCCAUCACCUCUGCAAAAGAGGGUACAGGAGUGCCAGCAGAGUCUUUUGAGCUGGAAGAGAUCCAGAGCUUUGAUGAGGGAAGCAUAGGAGGAACCUGCACUGGCACUCCUGAUCAGCCAGGUAACGAGCGGGCAUGUCUCUCACGAGUGAGGACAAAUAGCUGUCAGUCUGACAGUAGUGGAUUUUUGGAGGAACCAUUCGUUCCUGCUUACCCCAACCCCGGACCUGAGCUCAUGAAGGUGCUGAAUGCCAUGUCAGGGGAUAGUACAGAAAGCCCACAGAAGAGUGUGGACCUGCAGGAGACAGCAGUCCCCUCUCCAUAUACCCAGGAUUCUGAUAAGUUGCUUAAACAGACUGAAUCGUCUGCAACAGACUCAAAUGUUGAUAAAGCAAUGGGACCAGCACAUAUUGGGAUGAUAAUAAGUACAGAAGACACUACAAAGAGGCACUUACAAGACACUAAUAGAACAGAUUGUUUGGUAAAUAAGGAAGUUGUGCAGAAGGACAUUGUUGGUGACUAUGUGGGAGAAAGUACUACAUUACUGAAAGACUCACCGGGUCUAUGUGGCUGUGGUGCCAAUAUUGUACAAAGUACUACAUUAAAAAAGGACUCACCAGGUCUAUAUGACUACAGCACCAAUAGUUUAAAAAGCACCACAUUACAAGAGGACUCAGCAGGUCUACAUGACUACAGUGCCAAUGCUGUACAAAAUACCACAUUACAAAAGGACUCACCAGGUCUAGUUGACUAUGGCACCAGUACCAUACAGAGUACCACAUUUCAACAGGACUCACCAGUUCUACAUGACUAUGGUGCCAGUUUUGGAGAAAGUAUCACAUUUCAAAAGAACUCACUAAAUCCAUCUCAUGAUGUGGUUGUGGGAGGUGAUUCACAGAUGAAGAUACAGAGCUCAGAUGUUUCUGUGUUUAAAACAGACUCUUCUUCCACUGACCCAAAAGCAGGUACAGAGAACAAGGUCCCAUCCCCCACAGAAGGAUACUAUGGACGUUCUGUCUCAGUGCAGAUGUGCUCGAGCUUGGCCUCACAGAGUUCUCUGAGAGGCAGCAUCAGCCACAACUCAUCAACAGGGCAAAGUCCCAUCAGUGAUGUUCAGCUCAGAAGAGAGUGCAGGGAACAGUUAGACUCAGAUGUGGCUAAUAUCCCAGACAGCGCCCUAAGCACAAACAUUCCUACAACAAUGGAACACACAUUACCCAACCCAUGGCAAUCUAAGGAGAGUUUCAAGGGACCACACUCGACAUCACUCGAUAAGGGCCGGUCUUAUGAGGAGGACACACGGUGGGAGACAGCGCUUUGGUCAGGGGCUCAGAGUUGUGGCUCCUGUGGGCAUAAACAGCGAUUCUGCUGCCAGAAUAAGAACAGUGAGGAACAGUACUCUGGCAGCCCAGAACAGCUACACCCAGCCUCCAGCCUGCCUUAUUCCAUGGAGGAACUGAUAGGCAUGAUGAGAUGUAUGUGGAAGUUCCGGAAGAUGUUGACAGAGAUCGAGGAGAGGCUGGAGGAGGAGCAGGAGUCGGUGAAUAGUUCUAUCUCAGAAGAACACAGGGCAGAGGUUCAGGACAUUCUGAAGCUGAGAACAGCUGUCAAAAAGGAAUCUGAAAUGUUGGAACAACAGCUCAGUGAUUUGGUCGAGGCCUAUGAUGACAACGUAAAAAUGAAGAUGAACAGACUUUUGGAUGAGCAGUCCCACCUGUGCACUCAGCUGAGGUUUACACCCCAACCGGGACAUAUCUCCAAAAAAAGUGUGGGCAUUCAGUGCACCUUGCUGACAGACAGCCCUGAGUCAUGUCUGUCUACACAGCUCACAGACGACACAAGGCUAAUCCACAGCAGCGAAUGGAGCCCUGGCGGCAAGGCCGACAAGCUAGACUUUGUAGGAUUUAUCAAAAGCUUAAAGGAUGGACCCAUCAGCAAUGAUUCAUUAGAAUGAAAAAAUUCUUCAACAUCAGGACUGAGGAGGAUAAAUGACUCUUGGUGUAGUAUUUUGAUGUGUUAUUAUAAUUAUAUUUUUUAAUGUAAAAUAUUUUAUAAGCUGAAUUAUUUUUUUAGUCAAAUUCAGUGAAAUGUUAUGUAUGUCUUGAAUCCAAGACCAAUAAAAUCAGUCACUGUAAGAAAUUUACAGAUGUCUACGGUGUUGUGGUAUUGCUCCUAAUAAUUUGGAAGCACAGACCUGUAAAUCCUGAAGUAAAAUACACAGUCAUAAAUUAUGAAGACAUUUAAUUAUUUUUGGUGGUAACAUGUUUAGGGGAAGACAUUUAUAGUGUAUGUAUAUUUUGAAAACACUAUAAAAAAUAAUAAUGUUUGCCAAUGAUUAUUUUUUUGUUAUUAUGUAGGUAAUAUUAUCAGGGUAAUUUUGUGUGCCAACGUAUUCCAAAACUUCUCAUUUAUUAUAUGAUAUUCAAAGCCCCUUCAAACAUGCGUAGACACACACUUCGCUGAAGUGCUGAAGUGGAGUAAAUACGAUUCACAGCUCAACAGCAGUGACAUCAAAGCUCUCAUCCUGUUUUAAACUCUACAAGCACUGGUGCCACUUAGUGAAUCACAAACAAUACACAGACACUAAGUAUAUUUAUCUUCUCUAAGCUCUUAUUAUCAUUUUAAUAUUACAUUAUCAUGGGUCUAUUAUUAGAUUAUUUUUAUAAUAAUAAUAAUAAUAAUAAUAAUAAUAAUAAAGCUCUUUACACAAAUUCCAGAUACACAAAG